ACUCUGUUAGUGAACAUACCUUCAAAAGCCCGAGAAGGAUGAAGAUCGUUGGCAGGCCUCCUGUUCGUAAUGGACCCGGAAGCGUUAAGAUGGUUGCGGAGGACUCCGAUGAUCUCUGGUAUGCUUAUAACCUGAUUGCCACUGGCGAUACUGUAAUGGCUGUCACUUUUAGAAAGGUUCAGAGAGAGAUACCUGGUGGAGGAAGAGACUCUGAACGUGUUAAACUGAAGCUGGAAGUACAAGUCGAGGAGGUGGACUAUGACAAAGACGCUGUACACAUGUGUGAUUUUCAGGACCUUUGGGACUCAUUGGCUAUUGAUACACUCAAGCAAGCCUCAGAUCCUGCUGCAAGUGCUGAUCUAGCUGUAGUUCUAAUGCAAGAAGGACUUGGACAAAUCUUCCUUGUCGGCAGAAGCGGACAAGUUCCAUUGCUUGUGAAAUUUAUAGCUCUGAAGAAAUUCUUUGAGAAUGUUCUGCAGGCCUUUGUGAAACAUGUUGACUUCAGUGUCGUUCGCUGUGCAGUGAUCGCAAGUCCUGGCUUUACAAAGGACCAGUUUCAUCGUCACUUGUUAUUGGAAGCAGAAAGAAGACAGCUGAGACCUAUAAUUGAGAACAAAUCACGUAUAAUUCUGGUGCACACAAACUCUGGAUAUAGACAUAGCCUGGGAGAGGUUCUAAAUGCCCCCAACGUGAUGAAUAUGAUCAAGGAUACCAAAGCAGCAAAAGAGGUGAAAGCGCUCAACGAUUUCCACACCAUGCUUACAAAUGAUCCAUCUCGGGCAUGCUACGGACCAAAACAUGUGGAAGUUGCCCAUGAACGAAUGGCAGUACAAACACUUCUCAUCACGGAUGAGCUUUUCAGGAACUCUGACGUGAAAACAAGGAAGAAGUAUGUGAAUUUGGUGGAGUCGGUGAAAGAUUCAGGAGGAGAGGCUUUUAUAUUUUCGUCGAUGCAUGUUUCAGGGGAACAAUUGGCACAGCUCACUGGAAUUGCAGCUCUUCUCAGGUUCCCUUUACCAGACCUGGAAGACAUUGAGAUG